AUGAGGGGACUGAGCCACACGGAGCCCCCAGCAGUGCACGCCACUUCUCUCACAGCAGCCCUGCCAGUGCUGCUGCCCCCUUCCCCUGCUGCCGGAACCGUGGCUUCAGCUCUGCAGCAACAAGUGGCAUCCAGUGACAGCAUGCUGCGCUGCAUGAUGUAUGCUCUGAAGCCUUUUGAAAUGAAUGGUCUGCCCAAGAUGGUGCCUUUAAGUUUGCCUUAUGAAGACUUCAAAAAGGAUGUAUCAGACUAUAGGGAAAAGCCUAGGAUCCUCCAAAGGAUAAAAAAAGUUGACUUCUCAACUGUUGUCUUGACUGCUCCUUACAAAGCUGAACCACAUCUAGAAAUGAAUGGAAGAUGUGAAGAANUGAGGGGCAUUGACAGGGACUGGGGGACUGGGGAUCAGGAGUGAGGGGCACCUGCAGGGCUAUGAGUUGGGAAUGAGGGGCAACAGCAGGAAGGUGCCCCAUCUACCUUGUUGGCAGAUGACCAGAAGGAGUCCAAAGGUCGAGCGUCCACUGCAGACGGUGAUUUGGAACUGGAGGAAGGCUCAAAAACGCUUGUGUUGUUUUCACCUGGUGACUUGAAGAAAUCUCCUGUUACUGCAGACUUGGCUCCAGAAGUUGAUCUAGGGACUCUUGCUGCAUUAACACCUCAGAGUGAGCGGCCACAACCCAUGGGUAGUCAGCUGGAUGUAUCAGAGCCAGGGACCCUAUCCUCAGUCCUUAAAUCAGAACCAAAACCACCAGUUGCAGUGGCUACUACUUCCUCCCCAUUUACCAAAGUUGAGCGCACAUUUGUUCAUAUUGCUGAAAAGACCCACCUAAAUGUAAUGUCCAGUGGCCAGCUGGUGAGGCAGGAUGAUUACUGUCCUCCCAGCCAGUUUGAAGAGAUCAUCGAGGAAGAGCUGGAAGAAAAUCCUGUAUUGGUAGAAAACGGGACUUUGCAUUCUGGUUUACAAGGUGCAGAGACAGAGAGCAGUGCUUUCUCAGCUAAUCAUGUUGAAACAACCUCAGAGAUGACAGGAGAACAACCAUCACUUCCUAAUGGUGUAGUCAACCUUCAAGAGGAAUAUAUCGAACUCAAAGAUAAAGUGGAACUUGCACAGGAUUUGGAAGAAACUGGUAAACUUAUUUCUGAAGAGAUAGUCCUUGAAAAAACAAUUCCCAUAGCCGAGAACCUCCAUGAAGCACCAAAGCAAGGCCCCAGGAAGUUUCUGGGCUCCAGAUACAGAAGCCGGAUUCCUAUCUUGUUCUCAGAAGAGGACACUGGCUCAGAGCUUUCAGCCUCUCUCUCAGGCAAAGAAAGACUUUAUAAGAGGUCAAAACAUCCAGACUUAGCUCGCCUAGUGAUGGAGAAGAGGCAGAACCGUCUCCUCAGAUUGGCUUCUGGGACAUCCUCCUCAGCAUCCUCUAGUGAUGAGAGGCGCCGGGCCUCAGAGACCCUGUCAGCCACUGGCUCUGAAGAAGACAUGCAUGACUCUGAUGACUCCAUCCUAAGAAAAGCAGAGGAGGAGAAAGUUCCCUUUCUGGGUAGGGAAGAAAAAACCUUAAGCACGAAGAGCAGAAUCCCUCGCCCCAUUGCACCUGUGAAGACACCACCAAUGACAAUAAAGUUUUGUAGUCCAUCAGCAGUUGCACCACUAAUACCAAGGAGCUCCCCACUAGAUACUGCUCUCACAAGCAGGCUUCAUGCACAGGGACCAACUGGGAGUGUGUCCACUGACACCCGAACAAAGCAGAUGCAAAACUGGCCUCCUUCCUCACCAAGUCCUGCUCCUCCUCCCCUGCGAAGCAGCCCCAGGACAGCCAGCUGUGGUCCCCCUCAGAGUCCUGUCCUUCCCCCAAAAAAUCUCAGUGCUUCCCCCAAAAGCCAGGUGUCCAGAAAGGAAAGUCCUUCACCAUCUCGGCAGCAUAGGUCAGGGACUGCCAUUCAGCGAAUUCAACCUCCUCCCAGGUCCCAGCCCAGAGUCCAACCAGGGGGUCUGAAAGGAGAUGCUCCAACAUCCCAGGGCACAGCCAGAAAAGGACAAAGAGGGAAAACCCAGACUGAGAGUCCAGCAACCAAAGGAAGGCAAAUGUCUGUGGAAGGCAAGGCCACUGUCAGAUAAUGGUCUUCUGCUGCCAACCCUUCAGGCUUGGUAACUUUUACAUAUAGUAUACACUUGAGAUGCUGCAGCACAGCCUUACAUGCCAGAACCACAAGCGUAUAGCAAAUAGCUGUACUUCAGUACUUCACUCACUCUCAUGCCAUCGCGAUACAGCUCCUACGGGGCCUCUGAGCCAUGGAGUCUCUCACAGGGGGAUCAUCCAGGCCACAGCUCAUGCUUGCUAUUGCAAAGCACCAAGCAGUGACUCAGGCAGCCUGCCGAGUGCCUGACCCUCAUUUGUCCCUCUGUAGUAUCCUUUCUCGGUUAGCGAUAUCAGAGUCACCAAUACCAAGUGCUGAUACUUUAGCUUUUGAAACAGGUACAAAGAUUAUGGGAGCAGGUGCUACAUCCACCUGGAGGAGUGGGCUUCUGAACUGGAGGUGGCUCCAACCCAUCUUUGUGUUUCUCUGGGGAAGUGUUCCUCUCAUGCUGUGCUAUACCUGAUCAUUGACAGCAAUGGUUACAACCAAAUGUCUCAACAGCUAACCUGCUUCAGAGUAGCAUGAAUUGACCUCUGUCAUAAUGAGUCCAGAGGAGAGGAGUGGCCUGAAACUCGCUUCCAUUUCCAGGGAGUUCUAGCUGGCAAGUCAGAGAACCAGAUUGGAGAGGGUGUCCUUGGGGUGAAACCCUGCUGUAUGUGAUAAGCUCCCAGUUGCUCCAGUGUGUCCUACAGAAGAGGAAGCCUGGCACUGCUGCUCAAUGUCCCACCCCUAAAACAACACUUAUGUUGCUGCAGGUGGAUCAGUGAGGAGUAUUUGUGCUGAAGCAGACUGCAUUGACAGCUUGCAAGGGACCCAAGGGCUUCUGCUGACUGCCAUAAAGGGAUCAGAUUGCAACCAUCUUUGUAUUUAACACCAGGCUGUGACUUGGGGAGGCUACAGCCCCCAGCAUACAGC